AUGGCUGAAGUAGUCGGAACCACAAGUGCCGUAGUCGCCUUGGUAGCAACAGCUUUGCAAGGAAUCAUGGGAGCGAAGGAGAAGAUUGCCAGCAUCGAACGAGCUCCAGAGAUGACCACUCACAUCAAACAGGAGCUUCAAGAUAUCGAACGCCUGAUGGAGCGCCUCAACAUUUCGUUCCAAUCAAACGAAAUCGAAGUGGUCUCCGUCGCCGAAAACACCAAUGUGCAAUCCGCCCUCAGAGCCUGCAGCGCUUCGUCUCUGGCCUUGGACAACGAGAUCGGACUAUUCGGCAAAGAUAAGCUCCAGGUCUUCGUGGACGAGAUCAGGAUUUGCAAACAGACUGUCAAAUUGGCUUUGGCCGGCGCCAACUUUCUUGCAUCCAUAGAGCAAACCAAGCAGCUUCAGGCGAUCCUGAAGCAGGUUGAGGCCAAUGAUAAUGAUGUACACUCCGAAGCCAAGCCCCAGAAGUCGAGAGACUUGAUCAAGGGGUACGAGGAACUUCAAGCAUCCCUGUUUGCCCAGGUCAAUGAGAGACGAAGCAAUUUGACAGUGGGCAAGGUCAAGGUCUUGGAGUCGCAGGCCGUCAUCGGAAUCCACGGCGCGGACGGGACUGAUGGGGAGCUGGAUGUCCAGCUUGGCAACGUUGAAGGCCAAGGAUCCAACGUGCUGGUGGGAUACUCCAAGGGCAUUGACCUGAACGCUGCCUUUUUCAAAAAAAGACAACUACUUCGUGCUUCCAUGGUUCACAGAGUGAUGUCACUGCAAUGUGACAGAGGAACACUCAAGCGUCCACAGACAGGAGUGAAGAUCUAG